CUCAUAAGCUGGCCGACUAAACCUCGGCGUUCAUGCUCUUCCCCUCACUGGCACCAUGGAAGCUAAUCGUUCGCGAGAUUCAAAAAUGCAGUGAAUCUGGUACGCUAAGAUUCGCAGCCUCCGUUCCUCUGCUCCGGAGAGCACUAGAUGACUUCAGCCGACGGGUAAAGAGAUGUAUUCCCACCUCGAGGUCAGCAGUUACGCAGAAUGCCCCCCAAGUGCCGCUGAAUCGUUCACGGGCCGCUGCUAGUGCCACCAUCCCGAACCUUAACAGCUUGUUUUAAAGAUGAUGCUCGAGAUCCCGU